CCCUUAUUCACCUUCCCCACCACACCACCAAUUUCCUCACUUCUCGCCCCUAAUCUUUCCCGAAAUAGUUAUGGCCUCCUCCAAGUCCAAAUCCAAGCCGAAGCCGAAGCCCCAACCCCAACCCCAGUCCCAGCUCCCACCACAAACCCAUCCCCAGCUCCCAUACUACACCCCAGUCCCUUCCCAGCCGGCUUCUGAGCGAAACUACGUCGUUUUGCCCCUUUACAUCCCCCUCCUUCACCGCCGCUGCAACAGGUUCCGCCUACUCACCGCCGCCUCCGUCCUCCUCCUUGUGGCCUCCACCUUCGUCCUGUGGCCAUCCGACCCCGACGUCAGUAUCGUCCGCCUCCGGCUUAGACGAAUCGCAGUCCACACCUUUCCGCGGCUGUCGCUGGACGUGUCCAUGUCCUUGAUGGUGAGGGUGAGGAACGUGGACCUCUACUCCAUGAAUUACCGGUCGCUACACGUGGCGAUAGAGUAUAGGGGGAAGGAGCUGGGGAAUGUGACAUCGGAGGAGGGGCACGUGAGGGCUAGGGGAUCCUCGUUGGUGGACGCGUCGCUGGAGCUGAACGGAGUGGCGGUGUUGUCUGACGUCAUUUUCGUGUUGGAAGAUCUGGCAAAGGGUACGAUCCCUAUUGAUACGGUGACUGAGGUUCGUGGAAGCAUGGGCUUCCUCUUCUUCCAACUUCCUUUGCGGACAAAAGUAUCAUGCCAGGUUUAUGUAAAUACAAACACUCAGAAGGUCCUCCAUCAAAAUUGUUACCCUGAGUGACACAGCUCCAAUGGCAUCUGGUGGCCGGAGCCAAGCUAGCUACAAAGUCUGAUGCUGUCCCUGACCUCUAAAUAUGUACAUUUUUUAAAGGUCUAGGUCGAUAUAUAUAUACAUAUACCUGUUUCUGUAACUACUGUAAUCAAAACAUGCUGAUCUUCGCUUUUAGAUUCAUGGCUUCUUCUACUAUCUUUGGCAUUCAUAUAAUAAGAGUAAGGGCUAUA